GUUUGUAGCAACUUUUCGCGAGAACGCAAAGCUGUUGUUGAUUGGCUUGGAGUUUUUUAGCGUAUGGGAACGUGGCGUUCCAUUACCAAGACGCGAGGUAGCAGAUGGGGCAGUACUUAUUACUACUGUUGCUGGAAAAAGUGAGGAAGAGAAUACCGGUGUGUGUACCAGGAUUUUAAAACCGGAUGCUCCUCGAGUAUAUUUGUAAUAUGAUUUUGUGUUAAACCAGAUUACUGUCCCAUUUAUUUUAAAUGCAAAUUUGAAGUAAUUGGAUUGUGACAUAUUAUAAAGCCUCUUGGAAUUUAACUGUUGACUUGAGAUGGAGCAGAGCACUAACCUGAUGAAGUGAAUUGGUCUAAGCUUCAACUUUCCACAUAAAGAAGAUGCGUACCCUUUUAUGGGGACAUUGACUUACUUUGUGAAAACUGUAGAGAAAAAUUAAAAGUUGUAAACCUUUAGUUCAUUGCGUCUGCACAAGUUGAAACUACAUUGACGGUUCUUCCUUGCAGAGAACAGUGACUGACCGAAUGAAGACCAAUAGGUGGCACGUACUUCAUGGCUUAAUGGUGUUGGUACGAGCAGCAGUAAACUGAGUCAACCAGAUAACUUACAAGGAUGAAGUGAAAAAAUGCUUGUAUUUGCCUGCUGAUAAAAUUGCACACAGCUUAACCAACCAGUUUUAAGGACUACUGAACUCUGUCUUAGCUUCACAUAAUGGAACUCCUAACAUUGUCUAGACAAAACUGUUUCAAAGAUUACAAAAAGCAUUUUAGUAGGACAUUCUUAAUUUUUAUUAUGAUGUUCCUAAUUGCUUUGGUUUGCACUGAUGAGGAUUAUUAUAAAUUACUUGGAGUAAAACGAGAAGCCAGCAACAGGGAAAUAAGACAGGCUUUCAAGAAGCUUGCCCUAACAAUGCACCCAGAUAAGAAUCAGAAUGACCCUGAUGCCCAUGAAAAGUUUUUGAAAAUAAACCGAGCAUAUGAAGUGCUAAAAGAUGAAGAACUUAGAAAAAAGUAUGACAAAUAUGGGGAAAAGGGGCUUCAAGAUCACCAGGAAGGCAGACAAUAUGAAAGCUGGAAUUUCUAUCGUUAUGAUUUUGGUAUUUAUGAUGAUGACCUUGAAAUUAUAACUUUGGACAGAGGAGAUUUUGAUGCGGCUGUGAACUCUGGAGAGCUUUGGUUUGUCAACUUUUAUUCUCCCCGUUGCUCGCACUGCCAUGAUUUGGCACCUACGUGGCGCGAGUUUGCUAAAGAAAUGGAUGGUGCUAUUCGUAUUGGAGCUGUAAACUGUGGUGACAACAGAAUGUUUUGUCGAACGAAAGGAAUUUCCAGCUACCCAAGCUUGUAUAUCUUCAGGGCUGGAAUGAGUCCAGUAAAGUAUUUUGGGGAUCGAUCUAGAGAUAAUUUGAUAGAGUUUGCUAUGCAGUACAUAACCAGCAAAGUGACAGAACUGGGAACAGCAAACUUUGUCAAGGCCAUAAAGACAGCAUUUGAUUCUGGUAUUGGUUGGCUGAUCACGUUCUGUUCUGACACUGGAGAUUGUUUGUCAAAGGAAACAAAGUUGAAACUAGCUGGAAUGCUGGAAGGUCUUGUUAACGUAGGCUGGAUGAAUUGUGUCACUGACAGAGAACUUUGUAAAAGUUUGGACAUUUCAUCAAGUACAACUGUUUACUUUCCCCCUGGAGCUGUUAUCAGCAGUAAAGAUAAAAACAGUGCUUUGUUUCUGAGUAGUUUAGAUGCCAGAGAAGUAUAUGGAGAAGUAAUGAAGCAUCUUCCACCUCUAGAAAUGCUUUCUGCAACCACAUUAAAGGAUAAGGUUACUUACCACCGAUGGCUAGUGUUCUUCUCCUUUGGUGAAAUGGAUGAGGUUGGCGCAAAUGAUUUUAAAAAGCUUAAAGUUCUUCUUAAAAGUGACCACAUACAGGUAGGACGAUUUGACUGCCAGUCUGCAAAUGAUGUCUGCAGUGAUCUUUAUAUUCAUAGCCCUAAUCUGGCAGUCUUCAAGGGCAAAGGACUGAAGGACUAUGAGGUCUAUCAUGGUAAGAAGUUGCUUUAUGACAUAGUUUCAUUUGCUAAGGAGAGUGUUACUGCUCACGUUGUCACUCUUGGACCUCAGAAUUUCCCCAGCAAUAAAAAAGAACCUUGGCUAGUGGACUUUUUUGCACCUUGGUGCCCUCCUUGCCUUGCUCUGCUUCCUGAGUUAAGAAAAGCUUCCAGACAGCUGAAUGGCCAACUGCAUUUUGGCACACUUGAUUGCACCAUCCAUGAGAGCCUUUGCAACACUUACAAUAUUCGGGCCUAUCCAACAACACUGGUAUUCAAUCAGUCCAGUGUCCUUGAAUAUGAGGGGCAUCACUCUGCAGAACAGAUUCUGGAAUUUAUUCAGGAUCUCAUGAAUCCUUCUGUGGUCACAUUGACACCAGAGACCUUUGAAGAAUUGGUGAAGAGGAGAAAAAAAGAUGAAAUGUGGAUGGUUGAUUUCUAUGCGCCAUGGUGUGGCCCAUGCCAGGCUCUAAUGCCAGAGUGGAAAAGAAUGGCCAGGCUGUUAAAUGGCCUGAUAAAUGUUGGUUCGGUGGACUGUCAGAAAUAUUAUUCUUUCUGUCACCAAGAAUCUGUAAGGGCUUACCCUGAGGUCCGACUGUUUCCACAAAGCUCUAAAAAAGCUUCUAAUCACUAUAUCUACAAUGGUUGGCACAGAGAUGCUUACUCACUGCGUGCUUGGGGACUUGGAUAUCUGCCUCGUGCAUCGGUGGAUUUGACACACGAAGAUUUUACUCAAAAAGUAUUACAUGGGAAAGACAGCUGGGUUAUUGAUUUCUAUGCUCCCUGGUGUGGACCCUGUCAAAGUUUUGCUCCAGAAUUUGAACUUCUUGCUAGGACUGUCAAAGGCAAAGUGAAAGCUGGAAAAGUGGAUUGUCAGAGUUACCCAUACACGUGCCAGACAGCUGGGAUUAGAGCUUAUCCAACUGUAAAAUUUUACCCAUUCUUAGGAGGAAAGAAGAAAAAUGAAGAAGGAGAGUACAUGAAUACCAGAGAUGUGAACGUUAUAGCUGAAACAAUAAAUAAAAGGCUGGAAGAAAUCUCUGUCAAGACUGGCACCCACUCUUCAUCUAAGAGGGAUGAACUUUGAUGAAAACAAAAUUAAUGAUGACAUAUGAAUAAAUACAAGCAAGCAAGAAUGAUGCCAAAGAAAUGGAGACACUACAACAUUUAAGGAAAUAUUGACCACUUUUAAUGGCUGUAACAUGUAAACUAAAGGUGAACUGAAAUGUUUGAACUGCAUGUAACCUUAAAAGGUUGUGUACAAAGCUGUAACUUUUUUGUUACUUAAUAUUUAUACAGUUCUUUUUGAACUGUGUAUCAAGUCUUUAAGACUUGUUUUUAUUCUUUGUAUAAUACAUAAACAAUUACUGAAAUAAGUAUACAAAUACUGUAUUUUGGAGGUCAGCAUUUGGAUGGAUAUUUUUGGUCAGCUGUGUGUCUGGUUUGGAAUUUAAUAGUAUUUUAAAUAGAUUUAUUUGAGAAUUUGAAGCAAGCAGGCUGAGUUUUCUAUUUGAAAUAUUUAGUGGAAUGGAUAUUUAUUUGUUUUUAUUAAAAUAUUUUGUCAUAACAUUUCUCAUCACUUCAUGUUCCACUUACUUGUGCUAUACAUUGAUCAGUUUAUAAUAUUUGAAGAGAUUUCUGUCAGAUUCAUUAUUGCAUUCUCAUGAAAAUCUUAAGUGAGUAACUGUACUCCAUAUGUCUAUGAUGGAACUUGUAAACUGUAUUAAAAUUAAUUUAGGUGUACUAAUGUGAAACCUUCUAAAUAUGAUGUUACACGAGCAUGAUAAGGAGGUAUCAUUUUAUUUGAGUAGAAUUUUUUAAGCACUUUCAUAGAGUUUUGAAUGUAAUGUAGCCUGAAGACACUGUAAUUGUUCCACAGUAUAAAUCACUGAACUUUGAUAAAUAUUGUUAUUGUACAUGUCCUUAAAAGUAUUUCAUCCCACUAAGUCUUUUUUAAAUAGAUAAACUGCUCUAAGAUGUCAGCAAUAAAGAAUGUCGCUUGCAUAUA